CAGCCAUUUGGAAAGCAAGGAGCGAUCAGUUUGACGCAGGGCUGUGAUUGAGAGCGGAGCUUCGAUAUUAACAGCCACGAUGGGGAAGAAGACUCGCACAGGCACCGGCAGGAGAACCAUAUUACAGCUUUCACCGCCGGGACCGACCCGCAGCGCUACAGGAGCAGCCAGAGAGGACGGUGUCGGCUCGGGAUCCGAAGACGAACCUGAGGGUAACACAGAUGGUCAGAGAGAAGUUAAUGUAGUAAUGAAGACACCAGCUGUGAAGGCCACACAGGGUUUAUCUCUGCUUGGAGCGUACGAAGACAGUGAAGAAGAAGAUGCAGCAGAAAACACCUCGACUGCCACGAAGGCAAAGCAUAACCAGUCCGCAGAUAUUGACAGCACACUUGCCAAUUUUAUGGCGGAAAUUGAUGCAAUUACGACCCAACCAACCCAUACAACUGAAUCUGAGACAGAGCCGAGCGCACCAGCCCCAACUCCUCCUCGCCCCGAACCGAAAACAGACCAGCAGACUCAUGAUCAGAACGGACCCGCACAGGAAUUUCAAUACAACACACAGUACUCCCUCGCAGGGGCUGGGUUGGAGAUGGGUGAUUGGCAGGAGGUGUGGGAUGAAAAUACCGGCUGUUAUUACUACUGGAAUACUCAGACCAAUGAGGUGGCCUGGGAACUUCCGCAUUACCUGGCAAACCAGAUGCAGAGUUUACAUUACACAGGCAGUUCGUCUGUAAAUGGCAAUGGUGUGGCAAAUCAUAGCGGUUAUACUGAGCAGCAGUCUGUUGCAGCUGCUCCUGCAUCUAAAAACGAAACCAAAAAGAAGGAAGUAAUUGAGAGUGUCGUGGCUUUGACCAGCGAGGAAGAAGAGAGGAGAGGGGUUGCAGCUACUCUCCUAGCUCCUCUUAUCCCAGAAGAGGUUAAGGAGGCAGAGGAGAAGUGGAGAAAGAAGGUGCUGGCAAUGGAGGAGACUGUAGAAGCGGCCCAGGAAGUAGAAGGCGAAGGCACUCCAUCUUUGGACUCCCCAGCUCUCCGAGAUGCGGACAGCCAGAGUAACCAGCGCAGCAGGAACCACUCCGCAGAGUCUUCUGACAGGGAGGAGGAGGCAGAAGAGGACACCAUGGAACUAGAACUAGCACUAGAGAGGAAAAAAGCUGAGCUUCGUGCCUUGGAGGAAGGUGACGGCAGUGCCGGUGGUUCGAGCCCCUGUUCCGAAGCAAGUCAGGAUGGGCCAAAAAGUCAUUUACUUUUGAAGAAGAACAAAUGGAAGACGUCUUUCCACCGUGCGCCAAGUCCUGACUCGAGCAGCCGGGGCUCAGACAAGGCAGGAUGGGCCACUCCAGAGCACUCAGACAAUGCACAUUCCAAAACCGCUGAGAAGCUAGGAGAGGAAGAUGAAAAGGAGAAGUCUGUAUCCAAAGCUCUUCAAAAGGAAGAAGAGGACCUCAAGUUUCAGAUUGGAGAGCUUGCUAACACACUCACCAACAAAAUGGAGUUUUUGGGAAUCGACAAGAAAGUCAUCUCGAACUUUCAACUGCUGUUGCUGCAAACGGAGACGCGGAUCUCAGACUGGCGAGAGGGUGCUCUGAACGGAAACUAUCUCCGGCGCAGGCUGCAGGAAGCUGCCGAGCACAUAAAACAUUACGAACUUAACGCCACUCCCAAAGGCUGGUCCUGCCACUGGGACAGAGAGAACAGGCGGUACUUUUAUGUGAACGAGAGGACCAACGCUUCCCAGUGGGAGUUUCCAGUUGUGGAGGAGAAUGAGGAAGCCAAGUCGCCCCCGCCGCCCACUUCUGGCCUCGGAGACACUAGCCAACCAUCUACAGAAACAACUGGUGCUAUAACAGGUAAGGGUUGUGGUCCGGCUCCUGGAACAGAAGAGUUCAAGGCGGCUGAGGAAGCAGCAUCUUUGGGACUUGCGGCUAAAGCCCAGAAACGCAAGGCCCCAGGCUCAGUCCCGCUGGCCAAAACAGUCACCAUCGGCAGCAGCCCCAUUCUUUACACUCAACCCAUUGCUACUGCUGCCCCACUUCUAGUUGGAAGUGCUUACUGGGGGAUGACAACUACAGUUGCACCUCCUUUGCCUACAGAGAGCAUAGUCCCACCAAUGCCAGCUCUGCCGCCCCAGCCACCCCCUCCUGCUCCACAACCUCCCAGCACCCUGGAACCGAUGAGCAAAGCCCUCACAGAUAAAACAAAGAAACAAAAGAAAGAGAAGUCAAAGAAGAGCAAGACAAAGAUGCCGUCCCUGGUAAAGAAGUGGCAGAGCAUUCAGAAAGAGCUAGAUGAAGAGGAGAAGUCGAGCUCCAGCGAAGAAGAUAGAGAACAGCACAACAACAGACGCAUUGAGGAAUGGAAACAACAACAGCUUGCAUCAGGGAAGUCUGUGAAGAAUGCUAACUUUGAAACACUUCCUGAUGACUGGAGGGAAAGACUGUUAAAGAAAAAAAAGAUGAUGCAGAGUUCUUAACAGUCUUAAACAGUAAACAAGAGCGGACUGAACUGUGUUUUGGUGUUGUGUCCCACUUGCUAAGCUUCAGUGGACUUAGUUGGGCAAAUUUGAAUGAAUGUUUAUUUU